GGCACACACACGUCGGCUACCAAUCCAUCCAUCGACUGCACACACAGUCUGCACUGAUCCAUCUGUCAACCCAUCGCCAACUCAACUCGCCACCCCCACUACCCUCUCGGUCGGUCAACAGACAGCUACCGUUCCCCACGUCGGUCAGUCGGCUGACGACGCCUCGCAAUGCAGACAGACAGAUUGAUGGUGUGGCGGCUGAUGCGGACACACCAAACAAAGGAGAGGGAGGGGAGAGCAGACAUGCACCAAGAUUGCAUCGAUACCUUCUUCCCUCAUGUGUGUCGUGUCAUCCGUCCGACCUCCGUCAGAUGGCCCAGAUGGCCGGCAGCAGCUCCAGGGAGGGGCCGUCCAUCUUGUUGCGGGCCUUGGCCACUGCUCGCGGGAAGGCAGCAGGGCCCUCGCCGCCCCGGGGUAACUCGGUGGUGCGGAGGGAGAUGGAUGCGAACCCAUCAUACCACUUGAUCAUCCUGAUUGAUGCCACGAAGUCGUCGCCCUCCUCGUCGCCAUGCAGUACGACGAGUCGGUAUAAGGUGCCGAUGGUGCUGUAGUCGAUGGUGCGGCGGUCCCACACGGGCGGCGGCUGGGCCGUCAGGGCAUCGAUGCGACCACACUCAGCAGAGGGCGGAUGCCCGUUGUGAAAACGGUUCGACGACACAGGACUCGACGGAUUCCCUGUCAUCCUGAAAGAGCAAGGAGCGAAAAGGCAGACAACACAACACAUUGGUGUGUCGUGUUCUCUCAUUUGUGUCGCUGCGCACCUGUCGACGAUUAGUCCCCUGAAGCUGCUGUAGUCGUAACCACCGCCUGCAGACACACAGACACACAGCGGCAGACACCAUCCAGGUCAAGUUGCCUCCUCUGUGGUGCUUUGACCUCCCCUCUCUCACGUCGGCACGGGGGAUCGGCCGCAUCAAAGCGAUUUCGGUACUCAGCCGGCACCGUCUGGUCGGUGUGCACCGUCACCACAUACUCGCCCAUCAUCUCCCGCCUCAGCCGCAUGUUGUCACCCAGUCGGUGGCUGAAGAGGGCGUACUGGCGGAUGGCCUCUGGGCGGCUGUCGAUGACGGCUUUGCUGCCCACGUGCUGCAGGUCGUCACCCGUCAGCUCGACGGGCAGCUGCUGCACUCGUCCGAGAGGAAGGCAGCUCUUGGCCAGCCGCAGCAGCGGCAUGUUGCCCCGCCAGUCGCCGCCCGUCACCAUCAGGUAGUGCAGGCGGAUCAGUCGGAAUGGACGACGGACGCUGGUCGACUGGCGCAGCGGGGUGAAGCCGAUGACGCCACUGAGUCCGUUGCGCCGGAUGAUGCUGUCGAUGUCGGCGACCAGGGCGGCCUCGACUGUGCUGCUGACCGCCUCGGAUGUGCGGCAGAGGGCGAUCGUGUGCUGUGGGGUGAGGGUGGCGGGAUCGUCACGGUGGCUGCUGAUGAGGGGCAGCAGGGUGCCGCCCAUGACAUCAGUGGGCAGGUCAGGCAGGUCGGGCUGGGCAGCACCAGACGACUCUACGGGCGCGUCAACACGGCGGCGCUUCGCAUCGACCUCAACCUGCACACACAUCACACCACACAUUGGCCGUCAUGGCAAUGGGGACUAGGUGCAGCAGCCCUACCUUCUUGUUUGUGCUAGUGGUCUCUGUGGUUUUCUCAGCGACGGGAUUGGCCUCGUCAUCGUCUGGCGUGACCAGCGCGAAGGUCUUGGAAUGGCCCUCCAGCUGAAUCACACAAACACAGGCAGAAGAAGCCACGGCCAUUCAUCAGUCGACAGACGAUGGCUGCGUGGACCUCUCUGUGGAAACGUACCAGUGCUACUCCGUUCAGUCGGCCGAGUGCUCUACAGAACUCUAAAGUGGCGCUCUCGAUCAUCGCCAGCCGACUCUCAGCAACAGAGCCCUGCACACAGACCACAGACCACUCGUUUAUUGUGCAACGGACGUGUUGACUCACCGACCUUCGCAGCG